GGGUAAUCUACCGCUGAUCGGUCUAGAUUCAACAACAAUAAAAAUAAUAUAAAUACAUUGACAAAUUUGAAAGGGCAAGGCGUCCUGAAAUAAUCGAAUAGGAGGUUCGUACAGCCGUGUAAACACGAGCAGUGUGUUAAUUAGCAGACGGUCGGCAGUUCGCUCGGACGAAUUGACAGAUUGUUGUGUGAUUUCUUCUCGAAAGAGAAGAGAAGUCGGACUGAAACUGCAUUCGUUACGCGGACACAACGUCUGAAGACAGUUCUACUCCAGGGGGUAAAAAUGGAGGAUAAACGAGAGGCGAACCUCGAUAGUGAGCAUGGGUCCUCGGAGAAUACGGAGAAUAUAAUAAUUAACGAGGUCGACGGCCUGCCAAACUUGCAUCCCAAUUACCAACAGCUUGAACUAGAAUUGGAAGCUGACCAGGAUCGCGGAGACGCGAACAUGAGAACGAUAGACGAAUUAGUCAGAGACGAAGAUCUCCCAACUUCAGUAAUUGUCACCAAUGUAGACCCCAGAGUUUUCAAAGAUCCUCAGAUAAUGAGUGGCAUAGAAACACUGUUCAAACAGUUCGGAGAAAACGCCACUUUUCAGUACUUCAGAUCUUUCAGACGAAUGAGGGUCAACUACAGUUCGCCCAGCGCCGCUGCUCAUGCCAGGAUACAGCUGCACCAAACACGUUAUGGAGAGACGGAUAUCAACUGCUACUUUGCUCAACCUGUCACGCCAAUAGAUAUGGAAGAUCAGCAUCUCCACCCGCCAGCACCAACUAAACAGUUCCUAAUUUCACCUCCGGCAUCACCGCCAGUUGGUUGGGAGCCUCGGGAAGAAGGCGAGCCGCUCGUGAACCAUGAUUUACUCGCAGCAAUUGCCAACCUAUCACCAGGUGCGACCCACGAACUCCAUCCAGGCGGAUCUGGUCAACCUGGUAUAGUUGUCCACGUCUGUGAGACAACGAAUCCUAUGAAAAGUGGUCCUCGUAUACAGCACACACGUUGUCCAGAGUAUUAACUUUCCGUAAAACUUUUAUUUCUUAUUUUUAUUGAUCGUCCACUAGACGAUAUUGAAUUGCUUACUCCAUCCAAACGGCGAGAAGAUAAUUCAUAAUCAUAAAUUAUCGCAUAGCGAAGUCAUGUUUUGCAACAGAUAAUAUAUGGUGUUUACAAUAAAAGCUUUAACAAAUCUGUAAAUAAAGAGAAAAAAUAGGUAAUUUAAAAUUGUUAUUUAUCGCAAUUUUCAAAUGGUGCACCAAACAUGCGUUGCCAUGAGGUCGUUCAUUGAGUAUUUAUUAUAAAUCUUGAGUAAUGUAAAAUAGGACUUUCUCGUUAAAGAAAAUUGAUAUUAUGCAUAAAUUUAAUUUGUAUAAUAAUGCUAAAUUUUUUUUCUUGUUCGUUACGAAAGCACGUAUUUUGUCGAUUUCUUUAAGUAUAUUCCUUCCAUUUCCGGUUGGGAAGAAUUGAAAUAUCUAAAAUACUGAAAUAUUGAUCUUUUGUCUGUUCGAAUUUCGCGAAAACAUAGUUAACUUGGAUGAUCAUUCGAAAGUUGCAUGUAACUUAGGGUACGGUAAAUUACUGGUUCUAGCUAGCACCAUGACAAAAUAUGGCUUAGCAUUGCAUUGCCCCCCCGCCCCGAAAUCCUUUAAUAAUAAUCGUUAAUUGUCUCGACGUCAUUAACAGUGAUGACAUUCGUUGUUACGAUUAACAUUAUUUUUGUUAAUGUGUAAAAGCUACGCGAAGCCGAAAAAUUUUUCUAUAUUUCAGUGUUGACUAUUGAAAUUCUAAUAAUCAUUAUUAGUCGGAAGAUUUCAAUUAUUAAACGUUGAUUACAACGUUCGGAGAAAAUUCAUAUGUAUUACUAGGUACAUACUUAGAACAGUUCCGCAAAGCUAGGCCAGGUCUUACUACGUGUUUAAAUCUCACAGUUAGGUAUUACAAAAAAAAUUUUCAAAAAUAUUUUGUGUCAUUAAUCUGGAUAGUAAUUCCAAUAUAAGAAAACUCUAGAGGCGGGUGGAUGAAACCGAUUAGGUCUAUUUCAACUAUGCUUUUUCUUGGAUAAAUGGAUAACAGCUCAAAAGGCAAAGUGAGAAACCAAAUUAUAUUGCUGAGAAAUUGGGAAUUUCCGGUCUAUAUACCUGUCCUAAUAAAGUGCACCACUACGGUGGUUGAGUCAUCAAAUCGAGCUUGUUUAUGAGGUAUUUGUAACUUGAGUUACAAAGAGAAUAGACGAAAAAAUUUAAACAGCCAAGUGGCUUCUCCUCGUAUUCAAUGUAACUUUGGAGAUGUUGCAUUUUGAUGUUGAAAUGAGUGUGUGAAUGUCUUCUUGUAUGUUUUAAAUCUAUUGUAUAUAUAUACAAUUAUCUACAUGAUACAUAUCAGGUGAAACGAAAAAAACUUGUUCAGUUUGAAACAAUCAAUUUCGCAAAAGUUCACGGUAUCGUUAGCGAAAAUGUUUUUGUUUUAGAUAAAGCGAUAGAAGUGGAAAUCAUUUCUCUUGAAAAAAAAGAGAUUCAAAUAUUGUAUUCGACAGAAUUCCAAAUUACGCUAUACCUAUACACUCAUUAAAUCUAUAUUAGCAAUCUGAUCUUUGAUUGUCGAAUUUUUUUUUUACCAACUCUAUACACGUUCCUUCCAUUAAUUCGUUUUAACAUUUGCUUAUCAUUAUACAAUGAUAUAUCAAACUGAACACGUUUCUUUUAAAAUACUUGAUAUAUUACGUCACUUUUUCUGCAUAUAGUUAUUACUUAAGAUCAAUUAUGCAUUAAGUUGUAUUUAAAAUAUUUAGGGAUCCAUUCAGACGGAUUGUUGUUGAAAAGAAAAAAGAAAAAGAAAAAAAAUUAAUCUAAACACGGCCUCUUAAUGUUUAAGAUUGAAUUCGUGAAAAUAAAGUUCAUAAAAACAAAGAUUUUUCUCUCGAUUACCGCCAGCUGUGUUUGUAUUAUUUUAUAGUUACAAAGAAAUAUGUACCGCAUUUAUAAAUCGGUCUCAGAUAAUAUAUCUAUAAUAUUAAAAAGCUUACUCGUUAGGAAAUCAGUCAUCGAACUAUGUAUUUAAUAGGCAAUUAGAACAGUUGACUGUUGAUGAAAUAAAUGAUAAAAAUAAACUCUGCUAAUAUCUGCUGGAAAUUAGAGCUGACAUAAAAAAUAAAAAUUAUUUUUACUCACAUAUGUAUAUCUGAACACGAUUGUAAGCUACGCAAUUAAUAUCGUGAUGGAGAAAAGAAAUUUUAUAGUUCCUGUAAAAAGAUUGUAUAUUUCAAUACGAAAUAUGCAUAAAAAAUUUUGCGCGAAAUAUUGAUAAUUAAAUCAUAUUCAUAAUAAAGGGCGAUAAAUGUGUGUCAAAUCAUUUUCUUUUUUUUUUUUUUUCUUUUCUAAACAAUGUAAGAAUUGCAAUUGAGCCGAAUGACAUACAUAUAAGAUAGUUGCAUAGUAAAAUCUAUCGUCAACCUGUCAAUUUAUAUUUGAAGAGAUAGUCCAUAUGGUUCGGGGAAUUAUUAAUUUUCAUACAGUCUUACUUUCAGUUAAAUGAAUCCUUUUUGUCACAGAUUGGAACGAAUUUACAAGAAGUGCUUGUGUAUGUUUUGAAGCGAUUUAUUAUUCAAACGGAAGUAGGACUUUCUUUAUUAUCAUGAAUUGCAAUUUUUAUUUUCAUUUGAUAUGUCAAACAAUAGUAUGCUCAAUGAGUAAAGAUUUGGUAAAUGUAAUAUCAUUUACCACGUUAUACAUGCCACAAGUUUGUCUUGAAAAAUGCCAUUUUUUUUUCGCUUCCAAUUCAUGGGGAAUCACAAGUUCUAUAUUUUACAAUCUGGUAUAAUUUUUUAAAAUAUUACCAAGGCUUUAUACAAUAUGCAGAUUUGAAUCGAUGCAGCUUACGUAGAAUACAUUUUUUCUUCGUCACUAGUUUACACGCAUGAAACUCAAAGAUUUUCUCUAAAAUACCAUUAACAUCGUAUUUUAUAUUCCACCUUCCAGUAAAAAAGAAGAA